CAGACGUAAUGGCUACCAUGGAGGGUUCGCUUAGCAAGUGGACAAAUGUGAUGAAAGGAUGGCAAUUCAGAUGGUUCGUGCUGGAUGACAACGCCGGCCUGUUAUCUUACUACACCUCGCGAGAGAAGAUGAUGCGAGGGGUACGGCGCGGCUGCGUGCGACUGCGCGGAGCCGUCAUCGGCAUCGACGACGAAGACGACUGCACGUUCACAGUCACCGUCGACGGCAAGACGUUCCACCUGCAGGCAAGGGACGCUGACGAGCGCGAGCGCUGGAUCCGAGCCCUCGAGGACACCAUCCUGCGGCACGCCCACAGGAUGAGGUGGGACCCCACUCGGCCUGCACCAACUUUGAAAGACUUUGACAGGAAGCUAGCAGAUGCUGAUUCCUAUCUACAGAUGGUCAUUGACCAAGUACAGGCCUUGGAACAGCGUACGCUGCCUCAACAUCCACCGGCUUCAGCUACGGCACUGGCUAGGUGUAAUAGAGCUAGAGACCAUGCAAAUGACAUGCUGGAGUCCAUCAAACAUUCCAUUGUGCUGCUGCAGAUUGCAAAGAACACAGCGCAUCCAGUAAAUGGGAUUUUUUCACCACCACCAAGUUCGGUCAGCCAAUCUACUGCUCCAUCAGUUGCUCCUGUAAGCAGUGUGGCAGAUGUCGUAAAUACUGGUCCAGUGUCAACAAGCAGAAUCACAACAGCUCCCACAAGCCCUUCUGUGUCUAUUCAAACAGGAGUUGAACUGGGUUCUGAAUGCACAGAAUCACGCAUUCCUGUCCCACCUCCACAACAGAGGACUAUACCAGAUAUUCCAUGUGGAGGAGUGACACUUCCUGUACCAGAGACAUCAUAUUCUAGUUCUGAAGAUGAAGAUUUCUAUGAUGCCCAUGAAUAUGCAGAGACGCCUAGCCCUGCUUCUAGCUCUGGAUUACGGCCAUUUCUAGAUGCAGUGCCUGCCACUGAUUCAGAUCACAUUCCCUCUCAGGCACCAUCCCAGAGUACCACUACUGCCUCUGGGAGUGUAUCUGGACUGCCUGCACCACCUCCUGUUAGAGAUGAUGGGUCUCUUGACUAUGAUGCUCUGUAUGAAGAUGAAGAAGAAUCAGACAUUGGGUCAAUGGAGAAUCAUGGGUCUGUUGUUGCACAUCUGCUAUCCCAAGUGAAGAUUGGUAUGGACCUUACCAAAGUUGCUUUACCCACAUUUAUCCUUGAGAGGCGAUCCCUGCUGGAGAUGUAUGCUGAUUAUUUUGCUCAUCCUGAUGUGUUUGUAAGUAUUGCAGAUUUCAAGGACCCAAAAGACCGCAUGGUACAGGUACUACGAUGGUAUAUGUCUGCGUACCAUGCUGGACGCAAAUCAGUGGUUGCAAAAAAGCCUUACAACCCAGUAUUAGGAGAGGUAUUCCAAUGCCAUUGGGAUGUACCAGGAGUUGAGAAAGGUGGAGGGUCAGUUCCAGGAGGCCCUCUGCCAUGGUGCACUUCUUCACAACUAACAUUUGUUGCUGAGCAGGUCUCUCAUCAUCCACCCAUUUCAGCUUUUUAUGCAGAACAUUAUGACAAACGUAUCAGCUUUUGUGCGCAUGUGUGGACUAAAUCAAAGUUUUUGGGUCUGUCCAUUGGCGUCCACAAUAUUGGCCAGGGCUGCAUCUCCGUCCUUGAAUACGAUGAGGAGUACAUAGUUACAUUCCCCAAUGGAUAUGGCAGGUCAAUUCUGACAGUUCCAUGGAUUGAGUUGGGUGGUUCGGUUACAAUUACAUGUGCCAAAACUGGUUACAGUGCAAAUAUUGAGUUCCAUACUAAACCAUUUUAUGGUGGUAAGAAGAAUCGUAUUACAGCGGAGGCAUUUCAGCCUGGUGACAAGAAGCCAUUUCUGACUGUCAGUGGAGAGUGGAAUGGUUGUAUGGAAGCUAAAUGGGCUGACGGGAAAACCGAGGUGUUUGUUGAUGUUAAUCGUAUCGACAUAACAAAAAAACGUGUUCGACCAAUAGCAGAACAGUCUGACAAUGAGUCUCGCCGCUUGUGGAAGGAAGUUACUGCUGGUCUCAGGUUAAAAGACAUUGAACGUGCUACUAAUGCAAAGUAUGAAUUGGAACAGAAACAGCGAGAUGAGGCUAAGGAACGCAAAGAGAAAGACCUUACAUGGGAGACUAAGCUGUUCCAGGAGGUGGGAGAGAACUGGGUAUACAAGAAUCCACUGGUUAAGAGGUUGCAGGCGACCAGUUAUACCAGUACGUGAACGAGAAGAAUGUUUCCAGCUCUCAGCUGUAUCAUGUUACUCUGGAAACUUUCCUUAACCAUCCUCCUCUCACAAUAUCCUCUUUUAAUGUGCCUUGCCUGCACUACUCCCAAGGACGUGAUUUGACAUUUCAACCAAAGUGGUGAAUGUGUGAUUUGGCCAUAAGCCAGUUACAUAUAUGUUUUAACAGUAUUUGGCACUAAGCUGCCACUCUGCCUUCCAGCUGAAACAUGCGGUAGAACUGAUACUUCAAAGGGCAGAUAUAUCUCUUUUUUUAUGUAUGAAGGUGUACAUAUUAUUAGCAACAAAUACUCUUUAGACUCAGAUAAUUUAAUUUUUUCCUUUCUCUCUAUAUAUAUCUCUCUUUCUCUUUUUGUUUAAUGAGAAGUGGGACCUAUGUUCGAGGCAAAACAUACUUCUUAAAACUCAAGUUCAGCCGCCUAUUUGGAGAAGGUAGCAGUUCCUACCAACCUUAUUUACUGUAGUCUUCCAAUUAUUCCAAUUUAGUAUUUUAUUCCUUCAGAGCUGGAAUAAGUAAAGAUUCAAAGUGUGUGAUUACAGUCAUUGUAUUGCCUACACUGUACAGCACAUGGAAGAAGUUUACGGGUCUCUUAAUCACCAAUCUGUGCAAGAAACGUAUAGGAAAGCUCCAUUUUCCCCUCUGUUACCUGUGGUGGAUUCAUGUCAGCCAACCACCAUCACAGCUGCACUGAUGGCUGAAUAACGAUACUUUGUGAUGAUUAAAACCUUUUGCUACUGAUGGUUCUUCAGUGUUUUUAUGCAAAAAAAAUAAAACUAAAAUGUAUUCCUGUUCUUAAUGGAAGAAACAGCUUCUCAGUAUGUACUUUGAUAUGAUAGUAGAAAUAAAAUUACAGUACUUCUCACCUUUAUGCUGCAAGGAAUAUAGUCUAUAUUGCUGCGUAGACAUUUCUGGUUGUGCAAAAUGAGAUUAUGCAUUUAAGCCCAAAGCAUUUAUUUUGUAGUCGAAUUACAAAAAAAUGGUCUGGAUUUAUCACAUUACUGCACUACUCCUUUUGGAGAAACCAAUUGGCUGUCAUAUGACAGGCUAUAGUUCAGAGUUUGUCAGUUUUGAGAACUGUAUUCACACUUUACGUUCAGAAAAUUCUGAUGCAUAGAUAAAGCUCCAGUGUAUAUUUAUUUACAGUGAAAUUUUAUAAUAAUUAGUGGCACGUGUUGUACAGAAAAAGAUCACAGUUCUUGCUCUAUUUUGUUAAAAAUGUAUCUAUUGUUAAUCAAUUUUUCUUAUACAUGUACUUGUAAACAAAGAAAAGUUGUUAAAUAAAGAAAAAACAACAACCUAAUUCAAAGGAAUUAAAAUUCGAUGUUUUCUAUGUGUUUCAUUGGGGCAGGAGGGAAGACACACUUCUCUUGCUUUUAAAGUAGCUUUGUUUCACUUUUUGCAUACUAUUCAGGAUGAUUGCACAAUAAACAAAAUCUUUUUGUUGGAAUUCAUUA